AUGAGAAGUUGUUACCCAGAUUUCGUUGUUGGCCGCCGUAAGGCGGUGGCGCUGGCUGAUGGUGAAAACACUGGGGCUGUACCCGGCAACGAAUCAGAGGUUGGGGGCUUCGACGAUGUGGAGCUCUUCCUCGCAGAUCAUGAGACGGCAAUGCAGGCAUUGGCCGAGGUACGCCGUGCCCAAGUACAAGGACUGGCCACUAAGCCCAAGGAACUUGAGCUCUCUGGCAGGCCAGAAGAAGACCGCCGAUUGUGGGCAGAUUGGCGCUUUGCCAUGACCCAUUACUUGGGGUCGAAAGACCAACAGUACACCUCAGAGAUCAAAGCAGCGCUGGAAAGACAAUGCGCUGGUGAUGAACAUACUGACAGCAGAGACCCAAGCAAGAUCCAGACAGCUGUUUACGCGACAAGCCACGAGGUCCUCAGUGAGCAUGUCAAGAUCGCGGCAUUGCGGCGAUUGUUGCCUCCCGAGAUCAAAGUCCAUGUCAACAUGUUGGUCAAGGAUACCACUACCUAUGCCGAUGUGAAGGCGACAGUCACGGAGUAUGAGGUAGCUGAGCGCCGCUACGCGCCGCUCAAGGAAGUGUCGGUGUACGACCACACCUCAGGAGCCAAGACCAAAUGUCAGAUCUGUGGAAAGACCAACCAUGCGGCGGACAAAUGCUACCAAAGGUACAAAGAAGGUGACGCCAAAGGGAAGGUCAACCAGGUCACUGCACCGGAGACCGGAGCGACGGUGACGGUAGUCCGACAGCAAGAAGCGGAUACGUCGCCAGAGACCGAGUUGAGGGUGACAUCAACUGGGGUGAGAUCUUGCACAGAAGACGGUCGAGCCAUGGUGCUGAUCGACUCUGGCAGUGAUGAGUAUUUGUGCCCAGAGGAUUUCGCUCCAUGGCGUAGAACAACUACUAGGAGGAAUGGCCCUGUGUUGCGUGACGCUCAAGGACUUAAUGCACAAUUGAAAAUUGGUGCUGAGGGAGGAGAUGUGCUGCAAUUGGAUGGAAUGACUUUCAAAGUCACCCGAAUGUUGCAGAGUUACUACAUCCCUUGCUAUCCCAUGGUGCCGAAGGAUGAUUGUGACUGGGUCCAGCAGAUCGGAAGCACGAAGAUGAUGACGAUCGGGGACGGAGUGGUCAAAUACAAACAACGCAUGCGAGUGGAGCCCUCGAAAAUCCAAUUGGAAGAGGCGAAGCCGGAGAAAGCUGCUUCAGCCCGACGAGUUCCAGUGAGGCAAGAACGGGUGCCACGGGCGCUGCCGAAAGCUCUUGCAAAGAAGUCGGGUGAGACCUCUGUCAAGCAGGAGGAGACGAAAUCACCGAAGGAGUCCAAGGAGACUCGAUCACCCAAAGAGUCACCGGAGACUCGAUUGAGUAAGGGGUCCAAGGAGACCCAAGGUGUGAAGGAUGUUCGAAAGGUGCAAGGCCAAGGUCCAACGACCAAGGAGUCUGCGAAGAGCCCUGCAGCUGGAGGAGAAGACGCUUCAGAUGCCAAAUCCAAAGAUGUUAAGGGAGCCAUGGUAGUUCCCCAAGGGGCCAAGAGUAAGCCAGAGUCCCAGGAGAUUCCAGCUUCUUCAGCCCCAUCAUCAGGAGCCAGAGGAGCACCUGAAUCAAAGGCUUCAGAAACAAGAGGCAAAAGCAAGGAGGAGACCGAAGAAAGUACGUCGUCGUCCUACAGUGACAGGUACACCAGGUACCGAGACACCAAUUCGGCAGACUACGGUCGCAGCUCAGAAGAAGAAGAACAGGACGUCAAGGUUGAGGAGGAGCCCACAGCAGGAGUUCGUCUCAAAGAAGCCCAAAGACGUCCCACAGAACCAGCAGGACCUCCACCUGACCGUCCGACCGGUCGUCCGAAGAAACGACGUUCGGAGUGGACAGAGGAGGAGAAGCGUGCAGACAACUGGAAUGCACGACAAAGGAAGAAAGCUCGAAAGGUUGACAACGGACAAGGCAGUCAUCCAACCCAAAAGGGAGAUGGCUGGGGGAAAAGUGGCAAAGCCAAGGGCAAGACCAAAGGUAAGAACAAAGGGAAAAGUCACACACCGCGACGUGGGUUGUACACCCCAACUGACCAGGAUUUUGAGUAG